AUGGCGAAGGGUCUGCAGGGCUUCUCACGGACCAUGUUGCUGCUGUUCUGCACCAUCCAGGAGCUGGGGACCUGGGCUGUGCGCACUGCGGUGGAGGGCCCUGGCCUAGGGCAGCCAGAGGACCCUGCGCUACUGGCCAGCGGGCGAGUGAAGCGUGGCUGGGUCUGGAAUCAGUUCUUUGUGGUGGAGGAGUACACGGGCACAGAGCCGCUGUAUGUGGGCAAGAUCCACUCGGACUCGGAUGAGGGGGACGGCUCCAUCAAGUACACUAUCUCCGGGGAGGGCGCAGGGACUAUAUUCCUCAUCGAUGAGAUCACAGGUGACAUCCAUGCCACUGAGCGCCUGGACCGGGAGCAGAAACCACGCUGCCGGGAGGGGCCCUACAUCGGCAGCGGGGCUGAGCUGUCCCCCAUCGGAACCUCUGUGAUGCAGGUGAUGGCAUCUGAUGCUGAUGACCCCACGUAUGGGAGCAGUGCCCGGGUGGUCUACAGCGUGCUGGAGGGCGAGCACCACUUCACUGUGGACAGUAAAACAGGUGUGAUCCGGACAGCCGUGGCUGACCUGGACCGUGAGACACAGGACCGGUAUGAGGUGGUGAUCCGCGCAACGGACAUGGCAGGACAGGUGGGUGGCCUGUCUGGAUCCACCACAGUCACCAUCGUAGUCACCGAUGUCAAUGACAACCCACCACGCUUCCCUCAGAAGAUGUACCAGUUCAGCAUUGUUGAAACUGCCCCUGUGGGCACUGCCAUCGGGAGGGUGAAGGCAGAGGACUCUGACGUCGGGGAGAACACGGACAUGACGUAUCAGGUGAAGGAUGAGGAAGGGGUGGAGAUGUUCAAAGUCACCACGGACAGCAAUACCCAAGAGGCUGUUAUCACGAUACAGAAGCCUCUUGACUACGAAUCAAAAAAAGUGCACACCGUCGUGGUGGAGGCCCUCAACAAGUUCGUCGACCCGCGGUUUGUGGACCUGGGCACGUUCCGAGACCAGACUAUUGUGCGGGUCUCGGUGCUGGACGUUGACGAGCCCCCAGAGUUCCGUCCCCCCUCUCACCUGAUGGAGGUCCAGGAGGACGCGCACGUUGGCUCUGUCGUGGGGGUGGUCACCGCCCUUGACCCAGACGUGGCGAACCAUCCUGUACGGUACGCCAUCGACCGCAGCACAGACGCAGAGAGGAUCUUUGACAUUGAUGCCAACACGGGUGCCAUUGUGACGGGAAAGGUCCUGGACCGGGAGACAGCAGGGUGGCACAACAUCACUGUCCUGGCGAUGGAAGCAGACAACGAUGCAAUGGUGUCAAGAGCCUCUCUUCGUAUCCGUAUCUUGGAUGUGAACGACAAUCCACCCGAGCUCGCCACCCCCUAUGAAGCUGCUGUGUGUGAGGAUGCCAAGCCAGGCCAGUUGAUCCAGACAAUAAGCGUGGUGGACCGUGACGAGCCUCAGAGUGGCCAUCGUUUCUACUUCACACUGGCACCUGAAGCCACCACCAACGACCAUUUUUCUCUGCUGGAUAUUAAGG